AUGAGUCACAAAGUUGCUAUCUCUAACCUUCUGAAGGAAAAUGAGAUCAGUGACGUGACCUCAAAGCUUAAGUCGUAUUGUGGAAAUAUUGUUAUCAUCGAUAAUCCUUCCAAAGCCGAUAUUUCAAUAGUUCCAUUGAUCCAGAUAAUGAGCGUAAUGAAACCAAAGUGUCUAACAAUUACUCCUUUGGCACUUAACCAAAUGAUAGAGAGAAAAAUCGAUUUAUUUAGCAAUAAAUUUAUAACGAAGAAAAUUUUAAGCUAUUUCUUAGACAAUAUCAAAAUAAAGGUCAUGAUUGACGAUGAGAUUGAAUGUAAGCGUGUUAAAAAUAAAAUUCAUGGUAUGCAAGGAAUAAUUGUCGAUUCAAAUCCAGAUAUCAUCAUUUCUCAACAUACAAUUGCUACAAAAACUAUACCUAUUGUUCCUGUUGAUUGGGUUGAUGCUCAAGCAGCUUCAACAACUUUUAUAGAUCCAUCAAAUUACAGAAAAACACUUUAUAAAAAGCUUAAGAAACCAAAUGCAAAGAAAACUCCUGUUGCGUAUGCUAAAAAUCUAUCGACUCAGACAGAUACAGUUCAAACACUAAUGCAAAUUAGCGAAAACACACCAUCAAUUGAAAACUUCUUCACUGCAUCUCAAAUGAGAGCCAAAUCUAUUAAAAAAGAGGAAAAUCUCAUUAAGCAAAUCAGCAAGAAACCAUCUUUAUGCUCAACAAAGCUUCCUGAAACAAUCAUUAAACCGAAAGAAACAAAACAAAUAGAAGAACCUAUCUUUCCAGUUCCACCUCAAGAUAUAUUUGAUGCAUUGCUUGAAGAAGAUAGACAAGAAAGACUCCAAAAAUUCAAAUCCCAAAACUCUCAAAUUUCCACGAAAAACACUCAAAAGAAUGAGGUUUUAGAUGAUAAAAUACCCAUUAAAUCUGAUGAAUCUGUUAAGAACAUUAAGGAUAUCAAAGAAUCACCAAAAAUUUUACCAAAGCCACAAAAAAGUUCUCAAGAAUCUCCUCCAGAAGUUUCAGAACCAGCAAGAGCUCCUUCUGGUGUUAGUCUUGGAGAUUGGCUAAUGAAUGAUAAAGAAAGUGAUUCAGAUGACGAAGAAGACAUCGACAAGCAUCUAUCUGAAAUGAAAUCAAAAGUUCUUCCUUUCUUAAGCCCUAAAAAGACGAAAUCAAGAUCACAAUUUGACAUGAGUUCAGAAAGUGACAUUGAUUCACCAAUCAAACCGAUAAUCAGAUCUCCCAUUAAGACAAAGACAUCAAUUAUUAACUCUCCAAUAAGAAAGGCUUGUUCUCAAAUAUCUCCUAAUGUAAAAAGAAUAUGUAAAAGUAUUUUAUCAAUGAAACCUGCUCACGAAGGAGAAAUGCACGAUGGAAAAGUCCCAACAUUAGAAGAAACAAUUAGGUUUACUCAGAAAUCUCAAUUGUCUCAAUCUAUGAAUGAUAACAUAGAAUAUAUGGACGAAAAUUAUAAAUUUAGCCAAAAUGUUAAUGCAAGUCCGAGCAGAGAUCCUUUGAUUUUAGCUCUUCUCGACUAA